UGAAUAACUCAGCGCUCAGUUCCAAAUUAGACACAAAGGCAGAAUGUUUGGUCGACAAGCUAAACUUCGACAAUUGCUACAAAUUUUACCACUGCAACAGCGUCAACAAAUAUGUGUUGCAAGUACCGCGAGUGCAGGGAAAAUUGAAGCGGCAUCGGAAUGUCAACGACCAAGACCAUAUAAUACGAUACCCAAAGUGAGUAAGGCGCAGUUCCUGCUUUAUAUGCUGCCAGGUGGAAGAUACUAUAAGAAGGAGUUUCCCUACGUCAUGUUGGAUCUGCAUAAACGUCUUGGUACGCUGUACAGAGUGCCGGGCAUUUUAGGCAAAGAAGAGUAUCUCCUUACAAAUGAUCCGGCUCACUUCGAGCAAGUCGUACGAGUUGAAGGACCUUGGCCAGAGCGACAGGGUAAGUCUAUAAUGGAUUUUCAUCGCAGCCAGUAUCGCAAGGACUUUUACCAGGGCAUUGAGGGCAUUAUAUCCACAGAUGGUGAAAUGUGGGCCAAGUUUCGCUUCACAGUCAAUCCAGUCAUGAUGCAACCGAAAAUUGUGCGACUUUAUUACCAAAAGUUGUCGAACGUCAACAAGGAAUUCAUUCAGCGAAUUCGUGAAAUCAGAGAUCGCCACACCUUCGAAGUGCCUGAGAAUUUUGAGGAGGAAAUCAAUCGAUGGACAUUGGAAUCUGUUUCAGUAGUGGCCCUGGAUAAACAGUUGGGACUGAUAAAUAAGAAUCGCAAUGAUCCUCAGUUGAGGAAACUGUUUGAUAGCAUCAAUCAAUAUUUUGCCUUGGCAGCUAAAAUUGAACUAAGACCAUCUUUCUGGCGAUUCUUACCAUCGCCGCAAUUUAAGCGGGCUAUGCAAGCCUUGGACAACAUCCAGGAAGUGAGUGGGAACUUUGUCAACGAAGCUCUCGAGCGUUUGAAGCACGAUCCUACAGAAAAGCCAGAGCACGAAAAGAGUGUGUUGGAGAAGCUGUUAAAAAUCGACAAGAAGAUUGCCACUGUGAUGGCCAUGGACAUGAUCAUGGCUGGCGUGGAUACGACAACAAGCGCUGUUACCGGCUGUCUCUUAUCCAUAGCCAAAAACCCCGAAAAGCAAGCAAAACUACGUGAAGAAGUGCUCCGCAUUCUGCCCAAUAAGGACUCCGAUUUCACAGAAGCCUCUAUAAACAAUAUGCCAUAUUUGCGGGCCUGCAUCAAGGAGUCACUGCGCUUUUUUCCCUUGAUUCCCGGCAACAGCCGUGUCAUCAAAUCAGAUAUAGUGCUAAAUGGUUAUCAGAUACCAAAAGAAACGGCGGUUAUAAUGACAUCCCAAGGCCUACAUAUGGAUGACCAAUACUUUCCCAGGAGCAAAGAGUUUCUUCCAGAGCGUUGGCUUCGCCAGACAAAAGAGCAAAGCACUGAGAGCAAGUGUCCAAAUGCACUGAAACCAAGCAAUCCUUUCAUCUAUUUGCCCUUUGGCUUUGGGCCACGCAUGUGCAUUGGCAAAAGAAUUGUCGAAAUGGAAUUGGAGCUGGGUAUUGCGCGACUUAUUCGAAAUUUUUAUAUUGAGUUUAAUCACUCGACAGAGAAAGCUUUCAAAAGUCAGCUUAUAAGUGUGCCAAACAUUCCGCUUCAAUUCAAAUUUAUGGAUGUGGAAUACUAAAAACUAUAAAGCUAUUUUUGUCAGAAUUAUAUUAUGAUUAGUAGCAUAGU